AUGUCUCCGGCGGGUCCGUGCAGGGGACUGAGGGCCGCGGUGGCUGCCAGCGUGGGACUGAGUGAGGGGCCGGCAGGCUCCGCCCGCAAGGGCCGCCUCCUCCUCCCUCCGGGCCCCGCUCGGGCGGCGCCGGGGGCCCGGCUGUUACGGCUCCCGGGGAACGGGGCCGUGCGGGCCGCAAGCCCGGAGCGCGCCGGUUGGACCGAGGCGCUGCGGGCGGCCGUGGCCGAGCUGCGCUCCGGCGCCGUGGUGGCCGUCCCCACCGAUACGCUGUACGGCCUGGCGUGCUCGGCGAGCAGCUCGGCGGCACUGGACGCCGUGUACCGCCUCAAGGGCCGCAGCGAGGCCAAGCCGCUGGCCGUGUGCCUGGGCCGCGUGGUCGACGUCUACAGGUACUGUCAUGUGAACGUACCCGAGGGGCUCCUGAAAGACCUGUUACCAGGACCGGUGACCCUGGUGAUGGAACGCUCGGAGGAGCUCAACAAGGACCUGAACCCCUUCACUCCCCUUGUGGGCAUCCGGAUUCCUGACCAUGCCUUCAUGCAGGACUUGGCCCAGAUGUUUGGGGGGCCACUUGCUCUCACCAGUGCCAACCUCAGCUCCCAGCCCAGUUCUCUGAAUGUGGAGGAGUUCCAGGACCUCUGGCCUCAGCUGUCCUUGGUAAUCGAUGGGGGGCCAAUUGGGGAUGGCAAGAGCCCCAAGUGUCGCCUCGGCUCAACUGUGGUUGACUUGUCUGUGCCUGGAAAGUUUCGCAUCAUUCGUGCAGGCUGUGCCCUGGAAAACACUACGGAUGUCCUCCAGAGGAAGUACGGGCUGCUCCCUCACAGGGAUUCUGCUGAGACUUGAGAGGCAGAAGGGCCCAGGGACUGAUGCUGGACACGACGUUUCUUGUCCACCAGCGGAUGGCCAGGCCUCACUGGAGAGGCCACUGGGGCCACCGCGUCACUAGUCUGACUUGGAAGGCAGCUUACCUUUAUGAGCACUGUAACCAGGCCCCAGAAGAAGCUGGUUUAGCUUCACACCUGGGGAAGGGGGCUAUAUUUAUUGUCUAUAAUUUCAUGUCAGCCAAAAGCUGAAUAGAGACUUUAAGAACAUUCCUAGGAUGCUCUUAUUCUGAUAAGCUUCUUCUCUCCCUCUUUUUUAAAAAAACUCUUGAUAUAUAAUUUAAAUAACAUUUGGAAUCUAGUGAGAGUUGGUAGCAUUUAACCCUACCAGACUGCUGUACCGAUUUUUCGGUAAUUUUCACACAAAGGUGGAAUAUUGGCGCUAGAUGAAAGGUAGACCUAUUUUCUACAAUGUCUCCAAGUUCCAUCUUAUUCUAACCACUUGUUUGCAUGUAACUAACAUUUUUCUAUAUCAUGUUGGUUUUUUCUCUUUAAUGCUCAGGAGCCCAGGUAUAGGGGACAGUUAGGUUCAGGGCCUCAGGUCUGGUAGGAUUAAGGUCCAAAUAAGCUAGAGUGCCAGUUGGUGCUGUUUAAAGGAAUCAAGUGACCAAAGGCUUGAGUUUUGUGCUCCUGAAGCUGGAACCGGGUUAGUAUAAAGACUAGAGUAACAGGCCAAACACAAUUUCCUCUGAAGCAGGGGCUGGUGGUGCGGCAUGCUGCAUUGCCUGGCGGAGGUCAUCGCUUUCCGCUAAUGGUGGGAAGCCAGCUCAGUUGGCAGGGAGUGGGAUGGGGGAUCCAAAUUAAAGAGUAUAGGAAAGUAAAUCUCUCUUCAGACAGUGCCUUUUUUCUUAUUCAUAAAAUACAUUAUAAUGACACCAUUAUUUAAACCUAGUGUCCAAUCAGCAGCCUUUAUCUGCAUUCAUAUGUAUACCAUGUAUUAAACAGUUAUUGUUGGGCAUUUGAACAUUUUCUUUCAUAGGAAAUAAUGCCUCUAUUAGACGUCUUUGAAAAUG